UGACGGGUCAGACUGUCGGAGCCGAAGGGUGCGCACUGCCGCUGCGGACGGGAUCUAAACUUCACCACCGUUAUUUCCACUCCGACUCCUUUCAUUUGUAUCUAUCCCUCAGUAUGAAGGAAAGAAGACUCACUCAGCCUUUUGUAGCCCGCUGUAAACUGGUGCUGGUCGGGGACGUCCAAUGCGGUAAAACGGCGAUGUUACAAGUGUUGGCCAAGGACUGCUAUCCAGAGACAUACGUCCCUACUGUGUUUGAGAACUACACGGCCUGUUUGGAGCUGGAAGACCAGCGUGUUGAGCUCAGUCUCUGGGACACAUCAGGUUCUCCAUACUACGACAACGUCAGGCCCCUCUGCUACAGUGACUCAGAUGCAGUGCUCUUAUGCUUCGACAUCAGCCGACCAGACACAGUAGAUGCUGCGCUUAAAAAGUGGAAAGCAGAGAUUCAGGACUUUUGUCCCAGUACGCGGAUCUUACUAAUAGGCUGUAAGACAGACCUGCGAACAGAUGUAUGCACGCGCAUAGAGCUGUCCAAUCAGAAGCAGGCUCCCAUCUCCCAUGAACAGGGAUCUUCCUUGGCCAAGCAGCUGGGAGCAGAGGCUUACCUGGAGUGCUCAGCCUUCACAUCAGAGAAGAGCAUCCACAGUGUUUUCCGUACCGCAGCUUUGGCCUGUAUGGACAAACUGCAGCCUGCUAACAAACCCAGCCCUGUCCGCCGCCUCUCCAAGAGACUCCUACACCUGCCCAGCAAGACAGAGCUCCUUUCUUCCACCUUCAGCAAGGACAAGUCCAGGAGCUGCUCUAUCAUGUGAAUGCAAGUAGACUGAAGCAGGUUUAGAAGGCGGUGUAAGGAGAAGAGAUCUUUGAUGUGGAUUUUUAGAAAGGCUUCUCUUUUCCUUGCAGCAUCCAUCCAAAACCCCCUGCUCAAUAUUCCAAAAAGACUGCUUUUUAUGUUCAACUCUGACAUUAAUAUUUUGACCAUGACCUGCCACCAGCACACAUGGUGCAGAGAAAGACUGGAAAUGUUUGAUGUUGAAUCUAUUCCGAAUUAAUUCCUUGGCAUUUUGUAUGUAUUGUAAUCCUGCACGCUUGUAUAAAAGACAGCAGAGCAGGCACUUCAGGGUGCAGACCUGGUCCUCACAUGCAGUAAAUGCUGCAAGAGUCUGCUCAAAUAAGGUCAGUACCCUCUCUUUUCCAUAGGGAAAGUGGUUGUAAACACUGCAUUUCACUGCAUUAACCUGAUGAGUCCCACUUGAAAUUCUGAUCGCGGUGCCCUUUCCUCUCCAUCUCUUAAUCUGAAUGUCUCCUGAGGUCAGCACGUGGUCUGAGCGACAAGAUGAAAUGUAAAAUCUGACAGUGACAGGAAGCAGUUUCUACAGAAAUGUGGCUUGGGGAAUUCAAAACAGCGACCCUAAAAGAAAUUAUUCCUCCGCCGACCAUUCACAGUGCUUCCUUCAUAAAUUAAAGCUGACACUGGAGAAAAGGAUAGAGAAGGGAGCGAUUUGGCAAGCUCAGUGUUCAUUUGCAAAGGCGGUGGGAGGAUGAACUGAGAGCACAUCUGAAGGAGCGCAAUGUGACUCAGCAUUCACAUGAGCCACAAACUGGUCUGGGGGGGACAUGUUGCGACAAAAACAAAUACUUUGUACUUCAGUCCUCAAUGGUUUGUGUUUUAACCAUCCGCCUUGAUUCUUAAUGGUGUUACAUUAAUGAUCCAUCAGCUCAAUAUUCCCUGAUACAAUAUAAGUUACUGAAUUGAAACCAUUUUAACACUUAAUGCAGGCAAAAGAUUGAACUAUUCUUCUUUACUAUUUAUUAAAUAACACUGUAUUUUUACAUAGCCAGUUAAAUUUAGUGUGAUGUGCCAAAAAAAGGGGUCUUAAAUCAGAUUUUGAUCUUCUGCCUCAUGACUAAUAGUCCCCACAGGCUUCAAUGAGAUCCAAAUGCUGCUUAAGGUGGCUUUUUAAUGUGGAGAGUUAUCUACGACACCCCUGCUGCCAUUUACGGCCUGGAAAGCUGCAGUAACGCUACAUGUCCCUGAGCUGAUACUGAACUGGAAAGGGACGGUUAUAAAUGAUCACACAAACAGGCUGGUCCUGUCUGAAGAACAAGAUUUUUCCUGCUUUUUAUGCUUUAAAAAUAUUUUGAUUCUGAUUUUCAACCACCAUGAAAAGGUAUUCUUGCUGUUUUCCAUGUCAAAUAGCUUUUCUAGAUGUUUCCGAUUGCUUGUGACUGUCUGUCGUUGGUGUUUGUUUUUUUUUUGUAGUUGCUGAUAUUGUUCUAGUAUUCACUUGAGUCUUCUGGCAUUAACGGCUGGUGACAGCUCAGCUAAUGGAGAACCUGAUGAUUUGUAGGUCUGCGCUGAGAAGCCCAGAGUUCUUUGGAUGUACAGAACACUGGAAUUUAACGUGUUGCCUAGCAACAGUGGGAGCAGGGGCAGGCGUGAGCGGGGCUCCUGUCUCACAGAGAGAGAGGGAUGGCUCUGAGAGAGGGCGCCUCACCUUUUAUUUGUAGCAUUAGACACGAGCCACAGCGAAGGUGAUGGCCGGACAUUUCAGGGAGCAGCGGACUGUAGAAGGUCUGUGAGUGGUGUUUAAGACCUCAUGCUGGAAACAGCCGUGAGUGGGUUGUUAGAAGCAACAUGUGAUCUGAUACAUAAACUUAACACUGUCUCUGUUGCUCUGCAGGCAUUAUAUCAUUUCUCAGUUCUGUCUUGAACAUCAUGCUGUCCUUAACAAGCUCUUUGUCUUUGUUGAAUAUACAACUGCCAUUUCAGUUUCUCUGAGUUUCUUUUUUUCUUGUACAUAUCCUUCCACUUCAACCUGUUUGUAUAAAAAUAUGCCAAAAGAAUGUUACUGAAGCAAAAGAAAAUGUUUGUAUGAAGUUGCCAAACUUGGCUUAAAUUAUUGAUUGAAUUCUGUAUUGGUUAUUGUCAUAUGCUAUUUUCAUUUUGAGACUUUUAUUUAAAUAAAUAUGUCUUAUGUU